AUGAUGUUAGGUUCCGUUAUUAUCGCUCUCCUAUGCUUUGCUACAAUUUCUGCUCAAGAUAAUGAUGAGCAUCUUCUUGUUCGAAACAUGCGAGCAUCUGAAAAUUGCUAUGGUGAAUAUGGAUGUUUUACAACAGCAGCACCAUUCGGUGGUACACUUCAACGGCCAUUUUUUAUGUUACCUGAUCGACCCGGUGUCAUUGGAACCACCUUCUUUCUGUAUACAAGAGAAACACGCAAAACUCGUACUGAAAUCGGUCGUUACACAACUCUUGGGACAUGGAACGCAACGAAACCAACAAAAAUCUUUAUUCACGGCUUUCUAGACGGUAGUAAUAGACCAUGGUGGGUCGAUAUGAAAAAUGCUAUACUUGCAGCUGAAGAUGUUAAUGUUAUUAUGACUGAUUGGUCAAAAGGUAAUGGAUUUCCAUAUGAAAAAGCAUCAACAAAUACUCAAGUGGUUGGUGCUGAAAUUGCAUUACUCGUCAAAUAUAUGAUUGAAGAACAUGGUGCUAAAGCUGCCGAUUUUCAUAUAAUUGGCCAUUCACUGGGUGGUCAAACAGCAGGAUACGCUGGUGAAAGAAUCCCUGGUUUAGGGAGAAUUACAGGUUUGGAUCCUGCUGGCCCUUAUUUUGAAAAAACAGGUCCAAAAGUUCGUCUUGAUUCAACUGAUGCCUUAUUUGUCGAUGUUAUACAUACGGAUGGUAGCCAUAAUCUUCUUCUUGGACUUGGUAGUCUUGAACGAAUGGGUCAUGUUGACUUUUUCCCCAACGGUGGUCUCAAUCAACCUAGUUGCCCUAAAACAUCUGGCAAAAUAAUAAAUCUUAUUCUUCAACUUGGUCAAAUGGAUGUUCAAGGUUUUAUCGAAACAUCCCUAUGUAGCCAUUUCUCUGCCGUUUCUUUCUUUACGGACACAAUUCGUAAUCAAUGUCCUUAUGUCGGUUAUUCAUGUCCUAAUUAUGAAGCUUUUAAUAGUGGUAAAUGUUCACUUGCAUGUGAUGGAAAUGAACAUCAAUGUAAUCGUAUGGGCUAUUGGACAUCUCCAACUGAUGGAAAAGGAGAUCUUUAUUUAAAAACUCAAGAUGCUAAUGCUUUUCCAUUUUGCAUAUAUCAUUAUCAAGUUACACUUCAAUCAGGAUCUGAUUAUGUUCAAACACGUGGUAAAGUUACUGUUACACUUAUUGGUACACUUGAAACCGUUAAUGUUGUUUUUGAUGAUGAUGAAACAACAUUUAAACGUGAUUCAGUACAAACACGUUUUAUUCCAUUAACAACAGAUAUUGGUGAAGUAACUGCUGUUGAUAUUCAAUUUCAGAAAACAACCAAUUGGAUUUCAUCAAUCCUGUAUUCGGCUUCAUGGAAAUUUACUAAAGCUACUGUCAUGAAUGCGGAUCAACAACACAGUCGUAUCUUCUGUUCGAAUGAAGUUGACGUCGGAUCUGGUUCCGCUGUUCGAUUUUCAUCUUGUUAA